UCCAAACAAAUAGAUUCAAGAUGGCCGCAGUUGAAUGACGAAGUUGGAAGUACGGGAACUUCGUGACGAAGUGUUUUUGGUGACACGAAGUUCUGAUAUUAUGCGUGGGUCGCCGUUUAAAUGUUACUUGAAGAAUACCGGCUUGUACCAUUUUUCUUUAGGCCUACAUCGUUUUAGCCGCUGUGUCAAGGAAUCUAGGGAGAGAAUUUAGUUUCGCUCAUCUGACGUUAUUCCUCUGAGCUGAGUGACACUGUGUUCGUGGUUUACGUUUGACUUUUUGUCACUUUUUGUGGGAUUCGUCACAACAGAAACGCGAUCAGGGAACUCUAACUGUUGCGUUAAAAAUGAACCGACGAAUUGAAAAAUUUGCAGGUCGAGGAAAGAAUUAAGGUUCCCAGACAACAGUAUUUUGAAGUAAUCCAUCAAGAAUACACCAGGAGUGGACGCUGACGUUUCUGCGAAUAUUUUGACUGACAGGAGAUUGUGAUGCAGCCAUUAAGCAGUGCUGAGCCUACCGAAUCGAGCAGCUCCACCCCGAGUGCAUCAGGUAACUCCAGCACCAACACAAACACUGUCACCAGCAGCAGCAGUAACAGUAAUGGUAACACUAACAGUAGUAGCCACCGCCACAGCAGCGGCAGUGGCAGCCGCUCCCGCAGCAGCAGCUCCCGCCGUCACCGGUCACGCUCCCACGGUCACCACCAUCGGCACCGUAGCCGGAGACGGCGCCACAACCCCAAGCGGGCCGAGCGUAACCUGGUGGCGGCCAUCUUAGGCAUGGUGGUCAUCGCUGUGCUGAUCUCCUCGCUGGCAGAGAAGAAGUGGUUCUACCUGCACGGUGGGCAGUGCAGUAGUCUGAAUAAGAAAAAUGAAGAUCUUGGCGCCUACCAGUUCCUCACCCCUGGCAUAGAAACCGAUCCUGGUUACAAGUACUGCUUCAAUUUCCAAGUGGUGUCCAUUAUGCGCUCAGUCAUCGCUUUCAUCUUCCUCGCGAUCACUGCCUCCCUGUUUGCCUUCUUCCUGGACACGCUAGGACCCAUGCAGCCCUCUCUGAAAGUCAUUCGGCGCCAUGCUGUAGGCAACAUUGUGACAGUACUGUUGUGUUUAAUGAUGUGUGGUUUCUGCCACUGGUCGGCCUCAUUGAUGGAGGACGUCUUGAACCAACACAAGCUGGCAGAGGGCAGCAAGGUGGUGGUAGCCUUUGGCAUCGGUUACUACCUCAUUGUAGCCUCGGGGGCGCUCUCGGUCAUCAUCGCAGCCACCAACCUGCUUCGGCCGUACUCAUCCUACGAUGAAACCCCUCGAGAGAGGCUGAUUGAGGAUUGGGACCAGCUCCUGGAGGCGGAGCUUGCCAAUUCAUCCAAUGGUCCACCACUCAUUAACCCUGCUAAUCUACCUGAACCGCCACCUUACACUCCCUAGAGUAGCAAUUUUUAUGAAAGACAAUCAAUAUACAAGUAGUUUACACAGAAAAAUAAUUCUCUUCAGUCGCAUUAAUUUUUUCCCGUGAACGUUAGCAUCUGAUAGCAUCUGAAUUUUUUCUGGGUGUUUUUAGAAAAGGAAAGUUAGUAUUCACAUGAAAUGCUACAGGCCCAGCUUGAAAAGUCCAACGUUUGUGUCACCUUAUUGGACGUAAUGACAUACGUGUUGUAAUGACAUACGUUUGUUCUACUUGGUAGUAUCGUAUGACAGUUUACUUUACAAGAUCACAGACUGACAAAACGGCAGUGUAUUCAGUGGGCUACUCGCUCAAGUAGAUUCAUGGCACAAACGUUAUUGCGAGUUGAGUUUGGAUCAUAAUUAUGCUGUCUCAUAUUUUUCAAGAGUGUCUUUUAUAUUGAGAACUGUAGUUUUAUAACUAGCCAAAAGAAACUGGAAAUGCUUUUGGCUUCCGGUAUUUGGUGUUACUGAUUGGAUAUGUUUUCAUAUUCUUCUGCCCGUGACUCAGGCAAAAAACUGCCAGGGCCUCCUCUCCCAUUGAAGACACACUUGAAAAGAGUCUAAUAUUUCAGGAAGGAUGGCAGCCUAAUAACUCUUGGCCAAUAAUUACUUGGUCCUUGGUUGCAAUUCCAUGGUACAAAUAAAAUUUGUAACAUCGUUUCAUGUGCCUCUAAUAUGGAGGACACCAAUAUUUAAAAUGUAAAAUGGAAUGAGAAAGAAAGAGGAUUCUUUUGUCAAUUCUUGAAUUUCUAACUGCAAAAUUCCGUUAUAAUUUGGUUGUUGAAUGAUAUAUUGCACUUUGCAGGUGGAAUAUACUAAUGUAGAUAAGCGAUUUGCUUUGUUUAAAAGUAUUACAUGUACUGUAUGAUUUUUAAUGGAAAAGUACUUGAAAGCGCUGUCCGUAAAGGUGGAUGAUGAACUGCUGUUGAGAUCAGAUCCGUGAACGUGGGAGCCACUCCCAAAAUAUGAUGGGAAAAGUACCCACAUUCUUGUACGUUUUUCAGUUGCUGCAGUUCUAAAUCAAAAUGGUUGGAAGCCUAUUUACCAUUUAUUUGCAAGCAUCUGUCUUUGGGUCACUGUGCUGCACAAAUGUGUCUUCACAAUCAGUAGAUCAUGUUUUUUUUGAUAGUUUUGGACAGAAAUAAUGCAGUGUUGCAGAGCGAUUUGUCAUUCUGAAUAGAGUGCGUAUUCUAUAUGGGCAGCGCGUUCUGUUAAGAUGUCUGUAUAUAUUUGAUUUGAUAUAAAUCUUAUAUAUGUCUCUCGUAUAAAGGAAGAAAAAUUAAACAUUCUGAUUUAUGUAAUUAUUUCUUCUGCCUUUUAUCUGCAAAUCUAUUUAAUAUCUAUGGGCUGGGAAGUUUUUUUUUAAAUUUUAUUUUAAUGUGUUGUUGGAUUUUCCUGUCAACAUGUACUAUAACUGUAGAAGUCUCUCUGGCACUCUGACGAUUUUCUACAUUGUAUUGCUCUUCUCCGUUUUCAUCUCAUCUGAACUGCCUGGUGCCAGUUUCAUGGACUGUGGAUUUAGUACAGGUGUCAGGAUCAUGUAGAAUAUGAAAUCCUACCCUUGUUCUUGUCUUCUGAGUGUUUGAUGUACAUACCAGUACAUCUAUGCAUGUGGCCUGAAUGAGGGUCUUUGCAUUAUGUUCUACAGCAAGGGGUUCAACUCUUGUUAUGCAACUCUCUCCAAAGCAUCAGAGGCAUAGGCAAGUCCUUCACUAGUCUUCAAGUCUUGAAGUGACAGAAGCCUUCCCCUUGUUAGAUCAUCGUUAGUUAAGAAUGGUCUGGUCAAAGGACUUGUCUUGUGAUGGAUUUGACUGCGACACUGCAAAGCUCUCAUCAUGUUGGUAAAUUGCUUAUCAGAGACUGAGGCUUAAAGUUAGGAACUGAAGCCAGAACUGAGAUCAACUUCCAUAUCAGUACUAAAUUUCACAAAAUUUCCUAGAGUAUUGUAGGAAUCAUAAGGCACACCGAAGAUUGAAUGUAACCUGAAGGAAUUUCAACUAGUGUGAAUCUAAAAGGCUCUGCUUUGUAAAUCUCUUCAAGGAACGCUUAAAUUCUGCAGAUUUUUUAUGCUCAUGUUUUUCAGAAAACCUGUACACAGUUUAUUUACAGCUUACAAUCUACAACUUUAACAACUACUUGUACAUCUAUUAAGACAAUCGCAAGAGGAGAUUUUGAGAUUGGAUAAGACGAAUGGUUUGUCAAAUUAAUUCACACAAAUAGCAAAGCACCAGAAGCCAACCCUGCGCAUUAUAUGUACAAAACUUCAAAUUAUGUUUUGUAUUUACAAGACAAUGCCAAUACAUCGGGUUAGAUACAUGUAACACGAGAAAUGAAUAAAACAAUUUUUCUACCUGUGGAAGAAAAAUCAAUAAAUCAUUUUUCUGUGUUAUUUAUUUGUUAAGGUGUUAUUAGAAUGAUAUCCAUUAGUUGUGAGCUUGAUACCCCGAUAUAUUGAUAUGUAAGAGCAGAAUUAUAUGUGCUAUUUCAUAAGGUGGGCACUUUCAUCCAGAAAUCUGUGCCCAGUGGUAGAUAGACAAAAAAAACACCUGUGUCAAAUACCACAAACUUAAACGCAAACUGUGAUGAGGAUUACUAGUGGGUGACAAUGACAGUGAAAUUUGUCAAAUCAUUUUACAAAUCAUGUUCAAUGCAACUCUCCACAUGGAAUAUCUCACACGUACCAGGUAAUGCUAGUUUUCUAAGAAUUUUCUUUCUGGAACCUGGCCAACUGAGCAGUAGACUUGACUCAUGUCGGGAUCCUCAGUGACGUCUGCGUUUAUGCUUUGGAUAUGGAGGCUGCAUGUCGUUCUUUGCUUUAUGCCCUCUCGUGUCCACCUAUUACUGAGUUCAGAAAUCCUGACUUGAUGAAUCUGCCAACCGUUCGCACAUGGCGAAUGAGCUCAUCUACUAAAAAAGGUUGCAGCCAAUCAAAUUGCCAGACUUGUUUUUACAUUGUUAAUACCUCUAUUAUAAUGAACGAGUCUACAAGUCUGACUACUUUGGUGGAGGUUCCAAGUCUGACUGCAUGUACAUGAUUCCAUCUACAGAAAUUCUGUAUACAUUAUUCAAGAACAUGACGUUUGUACACUAUUAUGAAUGACUACAUUUCACCGACGGGGGGGGGUCUGAUUGGCCUGUGAAGUUGGACUUACUGACUGUACGUUGUACAGUCUUUGACACUAAAGCCUGAUAUCUGAGAAAGGCUAUCAAAUGAGGGCACCUUGUAAAACGUUAUGCGAGUGACCGAGCACAACCAUGUACUGUGUACAGUGAAGGGAUGGCUGAAUGGGAAAGAGCAACACACGUCCGACUUGAUUCAAGUUUAAUUGAACCGUUGCGCAGUAACCAAUAUUCACACUGUCUGUGCAUUUACAAGACUUGGACACCAAGCCCAACGUGAAAUAAAGUUCCGGGGAAAAACAUGAAGAUAAAGACAGGUGGUCAGCGUACGAAAUGGAUAAUGGUCUCCACCAUUCUUGGAAAUCACUGGGUUGUACUCGAAUUUAUUCCAAAGAGAGAGAGUCACAAGAAAGAAUAUCAUCUCUA